AUGCGAUUCGCACCGGCGACUCGCUUGGCCGUGCUCGUCGUGGCGGUGCCAUGGCUCGGCUCAAAUUCACGUGGAAGCACCCGCAAUUUGGGCUUCGUGGCAGCAGCGGACAUGGCACCUCUGCUCGCUUACGCAUUACCCGAUAGCUUCCCGGCGCUCGACAAUUUGAUGUCGGAUAAGGUAAGUCUCCUUCCUCUCGAUCAUCGCGAAAGUUCACAGUUGACUCGUCGACUCGAACUUGGUCCUCAUCUCGCAUCGCCGCAGCUGCCCUCCCCCCUCGUCUUCAUCCCCGGAGUCGACCCUUGUGGAUCGCUCCUCGUCAUAUCGAUCCCUAGGGUUCACUAUAAAGAUCUCAGCCUCUUCCCCCCGCAACGCAUCAACUCGACCUCGGGAGCUCUUUUAGGGUCAGGCUUGAUCGAUUCGUUUGAGCUCGCACCGACGAAAGGGAUCGCGCAGGCGGUGUCGGGACGACAUGUUUUGGAUUGGGCGGAUGCUUGGGUCAAGACGUGUGCGGGGACUAAGAAUGAGGAGUACAUGAACGAGUUGAAGGUCGCUAAGGUUUAUGUCGAUUGGGAUCAAGCUGUGGGAUCCAAGCCGACACGGGAGGGGGAGGCGAUGGCCAGACUUGGUCAGUCAAUAGGAGGAAUGGUGUUUGCCGAAACAUAACGGAAGAAACCCCAUUCUGAUCACGCUCCGUCACGUUCACCGUGUCCACCAGAUCAAGAACUUGCUGCUCAUUUGACCGCAUUACCCAACGCGCCCCACCCCCACCUCGUUCUUCUAACAUCCCUCACCCCACGCCAACUCAUGCAUCUCAUGGACCUCUCCUCCCAAACCUCGCACCCCCCACCCCAACCCAUAGCCAAAACCCCCCGUCUCCCACCCUUUCUGUCGACACCGAAAGUAGACGUUGCCCGACACGCCUCGUCGGGAAAUAGGCUCUCACACUUCUUCUGGAUGGUCUUUCGGUUGGCGUUUUGGGGUAUCGUGUUGGGUGGGGCGGCGAUGUAUGCGAAACAGCACCUCGAACAGAGGAGGAUGAAUCUACUUGGAUUUAGGAGGCUGGGUACCGAGAAUGGGUUACCGCAUUGA